AUGGAGCACACACAAGCCAAGGAGUGGCAGUCAUCAUCAAAACAAGAUCAACAUGGUCAGCAACAAGUGAUACAUUCCCAUCACUUUAAGCAACAGUCAGAAGCGUUCCAUGAGCAGGUGAUGCCGUUUGAUCAGAAGACGAUACCAUUUAAUGAGUUCCCAGGGCAGAUGUUACAGUUUAAGAGACAGAUGGUGCAAAACAAUGAGUUUGAUCAGCGAGUGGUGUCAAGUAGAUCUUUUCAGAGUUUGUCUCAGUCAGAGCAAGGUCUGUUGGUAAUUUUGGGAGUUCUGAUCACCGACCGUGAGGAAACGGCGUUAGCUGUAAUCAGAACAUCGAGGUCACAAGGAAGAAAUAAUAAUUGA